AUGUACUGGAGCACGUCACCAGCUGAAAUAACCGAAGGUCGGUAGUUUGUUCUGAAUCAUCUUAAGAUUUCUUGCAAUUUUAUUUCGGUUUUUGUAAAAUGUGCACACAUCAGCAUUAAAUGGCUGAUGUUUUUAAUUUAUUAAGUAUAAAGAGUACAAUGGAAAAUCGUUAAAAAAAAUACUCUGUCUAUGUCUCUGUCUAGUUGCAUGUGAAGAGCUAACAGAAGUCAAUUUGUUUAAUCUGUGAAAUACAGGUGUAUCCCCCAGAUUUGCUUCAAUCGUGUAUCAGGGUUCACCACGCUCUGAUACUAACGGUAACAAUAUGCAGGCGGAGGCAGUGGGAUGCUCCUUGAGCAAUACCAGUUGUGAUGGAGAUGUGCCAGAUAAGAUUGAAAGUCCCAGGAAGAACAAUACUCUAGUCUCAUCGACAUCUCUCAUCAACAUCCCCAAAUUGUCCAUGUUUGAGGUGAGCUUCCUGAGAGGGAGUCUGGCAACCACUGUAAUGGUGACGUACUAAAGAAUUUUCUUGGUCUCAGUUGACUCAAAAGUUUUCUUCUUAUUCUAUUUCGGAGAACUCUUUUUUAUGGAUAUUUUAUGAUAUACCACAACCCUCUGACUAUACUUUUCAUUUAAAAAUUUAGAUGUCAGUCAAAAUAUAUUUGAAAAUAGACUUCUUUUGCGCAGAAAAGUUUUUUCCUGGUGCGGGUUUAAAGCACACAAGCACUUUUUACUUAGACUGGCACUUGGUUUAGUGAGAGCAAUUGAAAAAUAACCACACUAAAAACUUUAUCUCUCUGUGAGGUUGACAAAGAAUUAACAAUUAAAAAAAAUUAUUAUUCUUCGGUGUAUUAGGGAAGAUCGUUUGUGUCAAAGGUUGAUGAAAUUGUUUCCUGGAGCAAAUUACCAACUGAAAUUAACGAAGGUCAGUGCAUUACCUAGUUUGUUCUUCUUAAGAUUUCCUGAAACUUUAUUUCCGUUUCUGCAUAACAUGCACACAGCAGCGUUGAAUAGCUGUCUUACAAUUCAUGUUCCAUCCACAAAAUUCCAUCUGGUUAACCCCUAUUUCUGGAUUGAAACUUACAGCAUAUAGAGAGUCAGCAAAAGUCAAUUUUUUAUCUGUUAAAUGCAGGUUUAUCCCACGUUUGUACUUCAACCACUUGUCAGGGAUCUUCACACACUGAUACUAACGAGACCAAUAGACAGCCAGAGGCAGUUGGAUGCUCCUUAAGUAAUACCAGUUGCGAUGGAGAGGUACUGGAUGAGAUUGAAGGACCUGUUAAGAACAAGACUCAAGUCUCAGCAGCAUCCUUGGUUGUUGCUAGAAAUCCAUCGGAUUCUAAAUCAUCCAUGUUUGAGGUAAGUUUUCUGAGAGAGAGUUCAUCAACCAGUGCAAUGGUAACACACUAAGGGAUUUGCUUUGUCUUAGUUGACUCAUUGCUUUUUAUUCAAUCUUAGAAAAACCUUUUAGAGAUAGGAGACCCUCCAUCGUUUACUGUACAGAGUCCUGUUGCCUCGGCAACAUCUUUGGAUGGAUCGAUAAAGAUUGAUUUGGAUACUGCCGAUAUGUCAUCCUUCAGCUGCAACGCAGGGACGUCCAUAGAAAAGAAAACUUGUGACUGCGCUACUCAAACAGCGGUAUCCCUGGAGAGUGAUUCCAAUCCACUCAUUACGAAAUCUUCCAGAUUUGUUGGCUUGGUUACCGUUGAAUCAGCAUCCCCAAUUGCAGUCAAAGAACGGGGGUCAACUGGGGACUCUCUCAGUCACUCAAGAGUGUCGCUGGGAACUGGUGCGGUGGAAGCCAGAAAGAAUUCCAGGGGGUGCGAAAGGAGAAGCGAGAGUCCAUCCCUUAAUAAAAGUCAUGAGAAGGGAAAGAAAAGGAAACUGAAGCGCAGUGGUCCUGAAUGUUCCGAUUUAAGAUCUGAUGAGCCGCUGCCAAAAUUCCCAUGUUUGUUCACUGAGACAGAGGAACAUCAAGCUAAGUCUCCAGGAACAGAAGUGACCAUUGAACAUCCACCUGCAGAGGAUCUGGGUGAACCGACUGACCCAGAAACAUCCACAGGGAAAAAUAUAUCUCAACAACCUAAAGGUAUGAUAGAAGAGGCAUCUAAACUCCCUUAAAAGGAAAAAUAUUUGCCCUCACGUUCUUUGUAGUCUCUUAUUGACUGACAUUUUUACUCGUUUCUCAACAACCAUGAAUCGAUACUUUUAUGAUUCUAAAAUAUUGAGAUUUGGUUUGGGGGUUGACUCUUCUUUUUCCAACUGAUAGGAAAAACAAGGAAGCGAAAGCGUAGCGCUCCGGAAAGUCCAGAUACAUCUGAGAGAGAGUCUGAAGAGCCAUUGCAAAAAUCUCGAUGUUUAGUCAUGGAGACAAAAGAACCACAAGUUGUGUCUCCACAAGCUGAAGGUGAGAAAGAAGAAGUUUUUGACUGAUCUCAACGGAGCAUGUUCAGUUUUGUAUCCAUCGUUGACCGAGGUGUCCAGGAUUGGUUCGUAGUGUUGACUUAUUUAAAUUACAUCAAUAAUAUCAUAUCCACGCCGGAUGUUUUGGAAACAUUUGUAGGAUCUAUCGAUGUGAUUCAGUGUUAUUGUGGCUAUGUAUUCUUAAUGUUCCUACCAUUUUUUUUACAUUUAGAGCCGAGAGUUAAAGUGGAAAUCGGAGCAGAUCCCCAAAGUCCAGAAGCUUUGGAAUACGCUCAUUUCUGCCUCAGAAACGCUUAUCACGCGCUCCUUGGUGCCACAGCAAAAAAUAUAACCAUCCAACCUCAGGUUAACAAAGCCUUAAUGCAUUUUGAUGGACACCCAGCUAGCAAUUUCCUUAGUUUCUGUUUCAUCUGGUUUUGUUGUGAAACGAGUAAAGUAAGGAAAUUCAUGUAAUAUCUUCAUGAUACCUUUUGAGUGAAGUAGACUUAGUGCUCCUUGUUCGUGGAGGUAUACCCAUAUCCUAAUUUAAUGUAUUUUGUUAAAAUUUUGAUCGAUUGUUUUCAUUUUGAAUUAAAAAGGACAUGUGGGAUAAAUUAUCACAUCAGUUAUCUUUUCCCUGAACCAUGUAAGCGAUCACUUGUACAUUCAUUGAUGAAGAUUUGUGAGGUCAGUGAAACGAACCUACUUGGUUUCAGGUUACUGUUGAGCCUUCUCAGCGAAACAGAGGGCGCAGGAAUCGUAUCAAAAGAGUGUGGAACGGGGAAUCAUUUGUUCCUGAGGUAUGUCUUGAGUAAAACUCAAAUGUGGUUCAAGCAGCUCCUUAUAAGGUUGAGAGUUUGUGGAUAGAGUUUUGUAGGGAUGAGGAAUAGGGGUGACUUAACUGUUAAUCUGAGAAAAAUAUGAAAUUAAUGUAAACCACAAAUCCGAAAAUCAAUUAGUAUUGCUGUAUACAGUUAAGAUUUCCCAUGCCUAACUGUUUUAUUACCCUCAACAUUACCACUUUCCUGAAAUAUUUCCGAUGUUCAGGUUAAUCUGAUUUUCAUAGCAAUUAUAUUGCAGCAUUACAGAUAUGAUCAGAUAAAUAACUCGAGUACGAGUAUGAGGGUAAUAUUUACUUGCUAUUUUUUGCCAUAGACUGAAGUACAAGUACAAAGUGAACCCUACAAACGGAGACGACGACGAAGAAGGAACUGA